AUGGUUUUUGAGAUAUAUACCUCAAAAACCAUGCUAAAAUUCAGAAGACUAGAAACUGAAAAACUCAGAAAUCUGGAAAAAAUCAGAAAUUCAGAAAUUCAAAAUUUUCGAAAUUUCGAGAAAUCGAUAUCUCGAAAUGCUGAAAAUCGAAAAAAAAAUCUGUGA